AUUCUCUAACACUUUGUGCGCGUGCGUCUUGUUUUCAUCGUGGAAGCGGGAGACAACGUUGCUAGCUAGCCAGACAUUCUGAGUUGUUCAUAUUUCGUUGAUUUUGAUUUGUAAACCAUUUCAAAUGGAUAUAGAGGGUGGUACAUAUGAACCCGGAUUCGUUGGGAUUCGAUUUUGUCAAGAAUGCAACAACAUGUUGUAUCCCAAAGAAGACAAGGAGAAUCGAAUCCUGCUCUAUGCCUGCAGGAACUGUGACUAUCAACAAGAAGCAGACAACAGCUGCAUCUAUGUCAACAAGAUCACCCAUGAAGUUGAUGAGCUGACGCAGAUAAUUGCAGAUGUGUCUCAGGAUCCAACGCUACCUCGGACAGAGGAUCACCCCUGCCCAAAGUGCGGUCACAAGGAGGCAGUGUUUUUCCAGUCUCACAGUAUGAAGGCUGAGGAUGCCAUGAGGCUGUACUAUGUCUGCACGGCCCCUCACUGUGGACACCGCUGGACGGAGUGAAGAAGAGGUCAGAUGUAUGCAUCCACAGCGUCUGCUGUCACCCAACAGGCUACUGUGUCUCACUGGUUCACUGUGGCUUAAAUCAGAAUGACUGAUCUUUAUGUGGAUCUAAAAUACUCAGCCAAAUCAGAAACUUUAUUUACAGGAAUACUAACUUUUUGUGUUAGUUCUUCAUCAUCUUGUUGGAGUGUACGUCGUGGAACUGCUAAGAUUUGUAUGGACCACUUAAAUCCCAUGUAUUACCUUGUUGUGGAGGAACACCUAACUGUUGGGACAUUGUGUUAAUAAUGUAUUAGCUCUAGUACUUUUUUCAGGUAUUUGUCUUAUUAUAUAUUUUUUUGAACUGGGAGAAGUAAAAUAAAAAAUACAACUUUUAAA